GGCUAAUUAUGUAACUGAAACCCGUAAGUUUGAACCUUACGUUAGUUAAUUAUGAUUAAGAGGGAGUAGCAAAUCAUAAUCAAGUCACUCACUAUCUCUGUCCACUCGGCGCGAUCUCUCUACCCCUGCUUGCUAAAACCCUAGACAAACAACCCCACCCCACUUCAUCUCAUCACAUUCCUCGAGCUCCGUAUAGAUCAAGUGGGAUUUAUAGGGGUCGAAAUCGAGGAGACAGAUCCUUCCUGCUUCGAGCCGAAUUAAGGGUUUCGACUCGCCGCUUAUAUCUUGCACCAGUUUUGCUCGUUGGUAGUUCGGAUUUAGGAGCUAUGGAGACAGUAGCAGCUGCGGCGGUACCGCAACCAACGGUUUCUCCCCAAAUUGUGGGUAACUCGUUUGUUGAUCAGUAUUAUAACAUACUGCAUCUCUCUCCCGAAAUCGUCUACAGGUUUUACCAGGAUAGCAGCAAACUAGGCCGCCCCGAGGAAGAUGGAUCUAUGAGCUGCACCACCACCAUGAAAGCAAUCAACGAAAAGAUACUCUCUCUUCAUUAUGACGACUUAAGAGCUGAAAUAAAGUCUAUUGACGCCCAAGAAUCAUACAAUGGAGGAGUGUCUGUUCUUGUAACUGGAUACCUGACUGGGAAGGACAAUCAGACCCGAAGCUUCUCACAGUCUUUUUUUCUGGCACCCCAAGACCAUGGAGGGUACUUUGUUUUGAAUGACAUGCUUCGAUAUGUGGAAACAGUCCAUCAACACGAUAAGACCCAUAUUCCAGUGGUUGAUAUAAUUGUUCCAUCUACUGCAGAGCCAAGUUCUCUUCCUGUGGAAGAGAAUCACGUUUUGGUGCAUGACACACCAUCAGCAGAGGAACCAAAUGGAGAAGUGGACAUCCCAGAUCAGAAUAGAGAUGUGCCUACAGUUAAAGAGGAAGUUCCUGUGGCUGAGGUUAUUAACGAAGUACCAGAUGAUUCACAAGUGGUUGUUGAAUCCGACAUCAAAAUCGAAGAAGUACCCAAGAAGUCAUAUGCUAAAAUUGUCAUAGAGCUCAAAGAAAAUGCUGCUACUUUCUCACCGCCUCCAGCAUCUGCUUCCAGAAAAACUGUAAUAACAAAUGUAGAGAAAGUUAAUCCAUCUCCAGCCCCAGUAUCUAAUGAUACAGAUGGUUCAGUAUCUUUUGAAGCCGUGAAUAAUCAAGAGGCAGAAGCAGCUGAGGGCUAUUCAAUCUACAUAAAAGGGCUUCCUUACAGUACCACUGCAGCUUCUCUUGCUGAUGAAUUCAAGAAGUUUGGACAUAUCAAACAAGGAGGAAUUCAAGUCAGAAAUAAUAGACCACAUGGAUUUUGUUUUGGCUUUGUGGAGUUUGAAGAAGCAAGUGCUGUGCAAAAAGCAAUUCAGGCUUCUCCAAUGCUAAUUGGUGGACGCCAAGCUGUCAUUGAGGAGAAGAGAUCCACUAACUCGCGAGGAAACAACAGAAGAUUCUUACCAGGGAGGGGUGGUUUCAGAAAUGAGGGUCCUGUGUUCCGAAAUGAAGGUUCUGGAUUCCGAAAUGAAGGAGGGUCUAGAGGGAGAGGAAAUUAUGGUAGUGGCAGGGGAGGAUACAACCGAGACUUCAAUGGGAGGAUUGAGUUUGGCAACAGGGGUGGCAAUCGAGGAGGAUCACUUAACCGUGGUGGUGGUGGUGGUGGUGAUGCAUCGUAUCAGAGGGUUGAGAAUGGUGGUCGGGUGAAACGUGCCGUGGGUGGUGGUAUGCCUAAUGGAAAUGCAAAAACCAUGGCACCUCGGGUAUCUGCUACUGCUUGAGAGCUGAUUCAAAAUGGGACGAUUCUAGUUUGAAUUAAAAUAAUUCAAAUGAUUCGAGUGUCUCGAUUGAACCUUUUUUCCGGUUUUCCCUGAUAGUUAGGGGCUAUGAUUUUUUUAGACAAGGGUAAUUUAUUUAUUUUCCUUAUGCUCUUUGAUGGGUGUUGUGUAGGAUGAUGGCAGUUGAGUUGAAAUGGUUUCUGUUACAUGUAGUUUAUUUAUGAAUCGAUUUAUUACACUCCUAACCCUAAGGGAGAGAUGCCUUUUCAAUCAUUACUGAAUCAUUUUUUGGGGUGUAUUAACAGAAAUUUUGGACUUUUGAUCGCCAAGGUUGGAUAAUAUCUUAGCCAUGAAUCAAUU